GGUCGGGGGCGUGUCCUCGGAGAAGCCGGGCCUCUUGGCCGCGAGGUGGGUGUUGAGGGGAAAAAGUGGUCGUUCGAAGGGUCCAUGGCGGCGAGGCUGCUCCAGAAUGGAAGGUGGAGAAAGCAGCACGGACCUGGUAAUUAACAAAAGGUUUGUCUCGGAGGCUGAGUUAGAAGAACGUCGCAAGCGAAGGCAGGAGGAAUGGGAGAAGGUUCGGAAACCUGAAGACCCCAAAGAAUGUCCCGAAGAAGUGUAUGACCCUCGAUCUCUCUAUGAAAGGCUUCAGGAACAGAAGGACAAGAAGCAGCAGGAGUUUGAAGAACAGUUCAAAUUCAAAAAUAUGAUCAGGGGCCUGGAUGAAGAUGAGUCCAAGUUCCUUGAUGAAGUUUCUCAGCAGCAAGCUCUGAUAGAAAAGCAGCGUCACGAAGAAGACCUCAAGGAGCUGAAUGAGUACCGGAACACUUUGUCAAAAGUCGGAGCCAGUGCUGACUUGAAAAAGGAAGCGGACAAGAAACUCUCGGUAAAAUCAGAAAACAAGAGCAAAUUCUCUCAGGCCAAGUUGUUGGCGGGAGCUGUGAAACACAGAAGUUCAGAAGGUGCCAACAGUGUAAAAAGGUUGAAACUGGACCCGGAUCCUGACCAUGAUAAGGUUCCAGAAAAAGCAUCAUCGUGCGUCCCGCUGGGCGGCAGUGCCAUGAGCGGCUCCGCCCUCCACUGCCCCUCGGCCGCCGUGUGCAUCGGUAUCCUGCCCGGCCUCGGGGCUUACUCAGGAAGCAGCGACUCCGAAUCCAGCUCGGACAGCGAGGGCACCAUCAAUUCGACGGGCAAGAUUGUCUCUUCCGUCUUCCGGGGCAGCAAUUUUUUCGAUGCGCCACUCUAGGCCGCUUCUUGGGAGUCUCGCUCAGAACUCGUGUCCUCCUUCACCCCAGGCGUUCCCUCAAGCUCACCCCCCCCCUUUCCCUCCCCCGUCUCCUUUUUUGGGGGGGGGAGGGGGCAAUGCGAAAAUCACGUACUGCAAUAGUUUUUCACAAUGUUUCGGCCUCUUUCCUCCUGUCUCCCUCCCUUCCCCCCCCCCCCAAAAAGGCCUUUCCCCAAGACUCUGAGGGGAGUCUAGCCAGGAAGAAGUUUCAGGGGUACCCAUUGAGAACAAAGCAACCCCCUGACGUGGGGGGAGGUUGAGAAGAGCCUCCAGGAUGAAAGGCGAUGGGGGUGAUUGCCUGUCAUUUUUGGAAAUAUUUUCAGAUCAGUGGCAGCAUCUCUGCAAGGCGAAAAUGCUCCUUUAGCUGUUAAGGGGCAUCGUGUGACGUAAUUAAAGAGGACGGGAGAGGCCACAUAAUCACACUAGCGACAAGAAGUGAAUUUUGAGAAGUGUCACCAAAUUCCCAUGUUGUGUUCGAUUAAAAAAAUAUAUAUAUAUCUCAAAGCAUUUUUU